AUGCGCCUCACAAACCCCCUCCAAAGCGCACACCUAUGGCUCCAAUCCCUCAAAACCACCCAACUCCAACGCAUCGCCCAGGCCACGGGAAUCCAAUCCGCAGGCCCAAAAGGCCCUCUCAUCCAGCGCCUGGACACUGAGCUGACCGACUCCGCAUACCGUUCUGGCCAUGCCACCCCGCAGCCCCUAAGCAUCCUCAGCAUCGACAUGGGCAUCCGCAAUCUAGCCUUUGCGCAUUUGCUUGUGCCUCCAGCGCCACAGCUCCGGGCGACAACGCCCCCGGCAGCGACGGUAGUCCCCACCCUCCAAGCCUGGCGGAGGCUAUCCCUCUCCGCCCCGGGAGAUGAUUUUUCGCCGGGGACGUACGCGCCCGUGGCGUACGCCCUGGUCACGGAGUUGCUGGCGACGCACCGGCCGACGCAUGUUCUGAUCGAACGGCAGCGGUUCCGCAGCGGAGGCGGCAGUGCCGUGCAGGAGUGGACGCUGCGGGUGGGGGUGUUUGAGGGGAUGCUGUAUGCGGUGUUUUUUGCGCUGCGCCAGCGGGAGCGGGAGCUGGCGCGGGGAGCGCAGGCGGAGGGGGGUAUGAUGCCGGUUGUGUUAGGGGUGGAGCCGCAGCGGGUUCUGAGGUAUUGGGAUGGUGUGACGGGAGGAGGGACGAAGAGAGUGUCGUCGCGAGAGGGGAAGAAGGUUAAAAUUGAUCUUGUUGGUAGAUGGGUUUCUUCUGCGAUGGAGGAGAGGGUGGAGGCGGAGGAUAGGGUGGAAGGGGCGAGGAGGAUGCGCGUUGGGGAGGGUGCAGAAGUACGGCAGUGGGUGGAUGGGUAUUUGGAUCGGUGGACGGGGAAGAGAGUUCGACGGGGAGAGUCUGCGGAUGGAAGACCUGACAUUGGCAAGUUGGAUGAUCUGGCGGAUUGUCUACUGCAGGGCGUGACCUGGUUAGAGUGGCAGGUGAUGCGGGAUCGCAUUGUGCGCGAGGGUGUGAAUGCUUUGAGUGAUGUUUUAUGA